UUUUUUUCAAAGCAAAGAAAAAAUGCAAAUCGACGACGCAAUUCUCUUGAACAUUUCCGCAUUUUGUGCGGUAUCUAUCAAUUUUCUACUUAUUCUCCUUAUUCUCACCAAAUCCCCGAAAUCCUUGGGUUCCUACAAGUUUCUUAUGAUUUAUAUCAAUUUAUUCGAGUUUACUUAUGCCAUAUUGUACUGUGCUGAAAAGCCGGAUCUUUUCACAAAGGAGUCGGCGUUUUUCCUGAUUGUCAACUGGAAAGAGUCGUUGUUCCCAAAAUUCAUUGCAUGUAUUUUGGAUUUACUUUUCGUUGGCUUCUUCGGGAUUUCCAUCGCAAUCCUGGCGCUCCAUUUUGUUUACCGAUUUCUGAGUAUGACUAAUAACCAUCAUGUCAAGUCAUUUGAUUCGUGGAAAAUCAUUUUGUGGUUUAUGAUUCCACUUUUAAACGGGGUAACUUUUAUGGUAACCGGUGGAAUUAUUCUGUGCGCCGAUCGGGAAACUGAUAGGUUUAUGAGUGAAAACUAUCCCGAACUCGUGGAUGAUACAACAAAUAUCACUGAUCUCUACUACAUGGGAGCAUUUUUUUGGCCGAAGCUUGAGAAUUCGCAGACGGAAAAAUACUUUAGUUGGAAAGGUGCCGAGGGGUCAAUUAUUGUUAUGGGAUUAAUUGGAUUAUCAAGCUCUAUAAUGGUAUACUUUGGUGUAAAAGGCUAUCGGAGCAUGAACAAGCUCAUCUCCCAAACAACAUGCUCCCUGAAGUUCAAAAGUGUCCAGCAGCAAUUAUUCCACGCAUUGGUCUUUCAAACUCUUAUUCCUGUAUUCUUGAUGCAUAUUCCGGCUUCUGCAAUCUAUAUCACUAUAUUUUUUGGAAAAUCUUCGGAAAUUGUAGGUCAAACUCUGAGCUUGACUAUUGCAAUGUAUCCUGCGCUGAACCCAUUGCCGACUAUAUUUAUCGUGAAGAAUUACCGGAAAGCUGUGAAAGAAGUUCUCAUGGGCUUUCAAAAUAAGAUUACCGGCAAACAAAGGGUAUCGCAAAUAACCUCAACAGCGUUUUCAACACAGAGUGCCAGACAGACGAAUCAAUAAUUGUUAAACUUUGUGUGUACUCCUCUUGGACAACUUUAUAAUAUUUUUAUUGAAUAAAAGU